AACUAGGGAGGCUUGGAAUGCGCUUUCCAGGGAAACGUGCUCUGACCUGUUCCCGAUUCUAUAGAACCUGAUGAUAUGCCUUUGGAAAGCACUGAAAUAACCCAGGAUCAGCUGCUGAACUAUCAGUUGAUGUUUCCCAUAGGCCAGGAUAAAUCCAUUCCCUGGAAUUCCAUCACUGCAUAUGAAAACAUGAAAGCAAAGAGAAUAUCUGAACUGAAGAAAUUGAAAGAGAAGGGUCCUUGUCAGAAGGAGCUCUACAGAGCCCUGUAUAAAUUGGUGAAGGCCCGGCAGAGAAGCAGAGGGGAGAUUUACAAAUUUUACUUGCCCAACUGCAACAAGAAUGGAUUUUACCACAGCAAACAGUGUGAAACUUUACUGGAUGGAGAAUCUGCUGAAUGCUGGUGUGUCUAUCCAAAAAAUGGCAGAAGAAUUCCUGGAUCUCCAGAAAUUAAAGGAGACCCAGAAUGCCAACAGUAUCUCAGCUCACAAGACUACAACUAAACUCUGAAAUUUUUCACACUAAGUUUCCUGUUUGGCCUGUUAUAGCCAAGAACCAUUCCAGUCAGGAGCCAUUUCACUAAGGUAGUCUUGUGCACCUGAUUUUGAGUGCAUGAGUAACCCCAUAAAGUAACAUUUUUACUGCACUGAGAUUUCCUACAUGUUGAAGUGACAAAUGUGAGCAACUUCAAGAUCAAAUCCUAUAAUCUUGUAUAUUUUGUUUGUAUAAUAUUAUAUAUAACCUCAUAUGUAAAGGUGAUGAAUUAUUUAUUUCACACUGCAUGUAUUUUUGUGUUGUUACUAAUUUAUAUUCUCAAACACUUCAUAACUUUAUAUUUAAAUACUUAAUAUUAUUGUGCUUAAAUAUAUGCAUCAUGUUGGAGGAAUGUUGCAACUUAAGACUUCAAAUGGCAUAGCUAUUGGGAAAAAUGGCUUGUAAACUUGCAUUUUUGUACUGCAUAUUUAUAGAUGUAAAACUGAAUUUUAAAAAAUAGAUUUCAGUAGAAAGCAUGCUUAGAAACUUAUUUAAAACCUGUUUUGUGAACAUACUGUGUUACUUUUGCACCUCUGUUUCAAUGCCAAGCUGUUUCUUACAAAAGAACAAUUCUAUACUGAAGCUCCUGAUAGGACAGUAUUUGUAUCUGUUUUUUAAACAUAUGCACUGGAUAAAUGGCAAAAUACAAUAUGAUAUUCUGCACCACCUUUGACAGGUGUAAGUCGUUCACAAUGUUGACAAUAUAAUUUAAAAUGAGCUAUUAAAAGUCUUCUGC